AUGGAAGGGAACAGGGAAUGUUUAUGUCUUGAGCAGACACAAAAUGCUUCCCGAAUAGAACCAAGCACCUCUCCGAAAUCGACUUCCCAAACCUAUACGACGGCAGUUAUACCGUCGUGCACAAAGGUGAUAGGGUUCGAAGAUUGUCCAAAAGAAAACCCGAAGAAUUGGAGCUCGAAAAAGAAAUGUUAUAUUGUCUUUGUGACGCUGCUGUCGGUCAUGAACAGCGGAGUGUCCUCCUCACUACCGAGCAAUGCAGUCCCUCUUAUACUCAAAGAUUUCAAUGUGACGGAUACGGUCAAGGGUAAUUUACCCACUGCUGUAUUUCUAUUCGGGUACAUGUUCGGGCCAAUCGUCUGGAGUCCGUUAAGUGAGACUGUCGGACGACGGACUGUACUCAUCCCUACAUUCUUCGUCUUCUGUCUCUUCACCCUUGCAUGUGCCCUGGCACCAAACUGGCCAGCGCUUUUAUUCUUCCGUUUUGUCUGCGGGACAAUGGUAGUUGCGCCACAAACUGUGGUUGGCGGAGUAUAUGCAGAUAUGUUUGACUUGCGCCCUCGUGGUCGUGUGAUGGCGUUUUACAUGGCGUGCUCGAGUUUUGGACCUAUUCUGGGUCCGAUUAUAUCGGGGUUUACAUCUGAAUCCCACGGUUGGAGAUGGACAUUCUGGAUUGAUCUCAUGUGCGCCGGAGGUACCAUGCUGGGACUUCUAUUCAUCCCUGAAACCUUUGGUCCGGUCAUACUGAAGCGUCGCGCCGCAGAGCUCAGUAAGAUAUCGGGCGAGAAUGUCGUGGCGCCAACGUUAGGAGUAAACUCGACCGACAUUCUCACAAUGCUCAAACGACCCCUAGACAUGUUCCUAUGGGAGCCCAUUAUAUCGUCGACCUCAAUAUACAUUUCCCUCGCAUAUGGUCUGAUAUUCUUUUACUUCCAGGCCUACCCCAUCAUCUUACCAGAGGUAUACAACUUCAGCAUCAAAACGACAUCCUUAGGUUUGGUUCCACUCGGCAUCGGCGCCUGCACGACGGGUCUCGCAGCCCUAUGGUGGGACUUGAAAUACGACCAAGCCAAAGCCACCAACAAACCCUGGAACUUCAGCCCCGAACUACACCGUCUCCCACUCUCCUGCAUCGGCAGCAUAUGCAUCGUGAUCAGUCUCUUGUGGCUCGCCUGGACUGCCCGCCCAGAUAUCCACUGGGCCGUCCCCUUGGCGUCCGGCCUGGUCUUCGGAUUCGGAUACCAAACGAUCUUCAUCUCGCUGCUAACCUACGUGACAGACGCGUACAAGAUCUACUCUGCCAGUGCGCUGGCGGCCUCCGUGAUUGUGAGGAGUAUCCUUGGUGCCCUUUUGCCGUUCGCGGCGAAGCCCAUGUAUUCAACCUUGGGGAUUGCAUGGGCGACUUCCCUGGUUGGGUUUAUAAGCUUGGCAUGUGUACCGAUUCCCUUCAUUCUUCUUUAUAAGGGAGAUUGGAUCCGUGCCCGGAGCAAGUUCUGUCAAAUGUUGACGAAGAAUGAGUGGGCUGAGUUUGGCGCGAGUGGACCGGAAAGCGACGGAGAGGGGAUGAGAGAGCGACAGGGAGGAGAGAAGAAAGAGGAGUGUUAGUUGGUUUGGCAUGCAUGCCUUGUAUCCUGUGAGUUGAAUGAAACAAGGUGAGGAGGAGGAGGAGGAGGAGGAGGAGGAAGAGGAAGAGAGAAAGACGACAAAAGUUCUGUUUUGGUUGACUAGACUUAAUUCGCAUAAUCAUUAUAGCAUAGCAAAUCCUCCACAUACAGAACCGUAAUGGAUGGAUUCAUGAUCAAAAGCAAUGUUAAAUUUUUACAUCUGGGUAAUAGAUUAUGUCAAGU